GCGGCGGCGCCAUGGCCCGGAGCUGGCGGUGGCUGCAGGGGCUGGUCCUCACCUGGCUCCCCAUAGGCUGCCUCUCUCUGCUUGUGAUAGUGCAGGAUAUUGAGCGAUACACCACCUUAUUUGCUUCUGUGAUCCUCAAGUGUGACUACAGCACUUCAGCACAACUGCAGGAUGUAGUGGUGACAUGGCGCUUCAAAUCCUUCUGCAAGGACCCCAUCUUUGACUACUACUCUGCCUCCUACCAGGCUGGUUUAGCUCUUGGCCAGGACCCAUCCAAUGACUGUAAUGACAACCAGCGGGUGGUGCGCAUAGUCAUUCAGAGACGUGGACAGAACGAGCCUGUGCUAGGCAUAGAGUACAGACAGCGCAAGAUCACUAUCCAGAACCGGGCAGACCUUGUGAUCAAUGAGGUGAUGUGGUGGGACCAUGGAGUCUACUACUGUGCUGUUGAGUCUCCAGGAGACACUGCAGGCGACCCAGACAAAGAGGUUAAGCUCGUUGUUCUGCAUUGGCUCACGGUGAUCUUCAUCGUUCUUGGUGCUCUCCUCCUCCUCAUACUGAUCGGGGUGUGCUGGUGCCAGUGCUGCCCCCAACACUGCUGCUGCCAUGUCCGCUGUGCCUGCUGCCCAACCCGCUGCUGCUGCAAUGAGGAAGCCCUGGAACGACAUAGGUUCAUGAAGCAGGCUCGGACACUUAUGCCAUGGAUGACACACCAUCCGUUCUACGUGGGAGGUGACAGGAACUCCCAACUCUCUUCUUACCAACUGAACCCAUUGCUGCAAAAAGAUGUCUCUCUGCAGAGCAGCCUCCCACUGGUGCAUUCACAGGGCCAGCUGCCCCCCAAAAACAACAUCCUGGACUAUCUGGAGUCUGAGAUCCAGAACCUCAACCUAUCCCAGCCCCUGCUACCCUCCCACCACUUUGGGGCCAAUCAGCAUCCCAGCGUGCUCUCCUCCCUGAGCUCGGAGGUUGUGGAGCGCAGGGUAAUCCAGCUGCCUCCCAUCACUGAGCUCAUCCCAUCCUCGCAGAGGAGCAGUAACUUGUCACACCUGCAGCGAGCUGGCCAUGCCGCAGGACCCUGGGGCUCCACAAUAGAGGAUGAGAGGGAGGACUGGAGAAGACACCAGCCCUUGGAUGGAGAUUCUCACUCCAGCUUCGAUCGGGAAUCCUGGGACAAGGGACGAGACCAGCCGCCUCAGAGGCAGGGGGAGGGCAGCUAUGACGGCAGGCACCGGAGUUCCAGGCGGGAUGUUUCGCCCAUGCGCCGGCCAGACCGCAGUAGGUAUGGUGACAUCUUCUACCCUCGGGAGGCUAGGGAGCGCUCGGGCCGCCGCUUCGACCUCAGGGAGCAGCCUUUGGAGAGGCAAAAGUAUCAACGCUCCAAUAGAAAAGGCAGCAGUUCGGAGCAGCGGGAGCGCCAGCAUCGCAGCUACUCUCCUCCGGCACGACGAGAGUCGUGGAGCUCGGCAGAAGAGCAUGAUCGCUUCCAGGGGAACAAUAGGCAACGCCACCGUCGCUCCCCAGGCUGGCCAGAAGACAAGCCGCCCAGUUACCGCUCACUGGAAAUCAUCCCAGCCAAGGACAGCAGACACAGAAGCAGCGUGGGACAGCAGUCGGAAAAAGGAAGUUCCCGCAGUGGGAAAAGCAUGGUCAUUUAAUACCAUGGUGGAAGGACCGAAACUCCCAGUGGUUCUGCUUUGGGGCUCCCUUUUGCCCUCCCAGUGUGUAAUUUGGGACGGCUAUUUCUGACUGAACAGGAGACCUGCAACAACUGGAUAAAAUAAAAUGUAGUGGAGACGAGUGAUGAAUCUGUGCGAAGGGGGCCAGGAGUUCAGUGGCUUUAUAACAUCUGAAAACCUUCUUAUUCCUUCCUUACUCUAGAGACUUUGGUUUCAAACAGACCCUGAUUGUGGAACAUGGUCCCUUUGAGAGUAGAGCUUCUGGUGGCACUGAACAAAUAGUAUGUCCUCCCUCUCUGACUUCGAAUAUCUCCAAAUGUUGUGCAUGUGGCCCUGAGAUUCAGCACCAAACAUUAGAGUGUUCACUGUGACUAAUAAGUGGUUGUUUCCUUUUGCCUCAGUGAGUUUCUGUCGUACAGCCCUAGAUGAAACCAGCAAGCAAACAAUACUGUGCAGUAAAGGAAGCGUCAGAAUGCUACAUGCACACGCGGAUCUACAUGCACACUCUACAAGAGCGCACAGCAACUUCUGUGCUUGGAAAAACGCCUCAAAAUUGCCAAUGCUUCCAGUUUAUAUUGACACAUACCUUAAUAAGGACAUGGAGAGGCUCUGCCUAGCCAUUUGACCCAGACUCUAGUGUAUUCAUGAGUUCUACAAGGUUCUGUUACCAUAGGUUUAUGCUGUUUUCGGGGGCUGAGCUAUAGGUAACUGCCAUCUUGGCAACAGUGGCCUGAUUUUCAAAGUUAUCAAGUUCAUGCUCGUUUUAAGUCAAUGGGAGCUUGGUGAUACCCUAUCACCUCCAAAAAUGAUGACCUCUGUAGGUAUUUUUUUUUUUUUUUUUAAGGAAUCAACCCUUUCCUGAACAUCUCACAUGCUCUGCUUUCCUUCUUGGCCUCUGUCUUCCUGAGGUGCUUAUGGGGAAAAUGGGCUCUAGAAGACAAGUCUUGUCCCUUGCUUUGCUAUUGCCCUCCUAACAUGCUAUUAGGGAGCUGAUCUUUACCCUGAACAUUGCAUUUUUCCUAAACUUGUUGCUCAACAGAUCUGUGGUUUGGUUACUAUUGGAUUAAGGUGCCUGCCUAUAAAUUACCCUGUAACUAAAAGCAAAGAGAGAAUUUCCUUUGGAAACCAAUUGCAAUAGGCAGAAUAGCAGGUCAGUCUGUUUUUUCUUGACUGUGUUGCAAAAACGAGACAAAAGAAUCCUUUUCUCUGGAUGUUGAGAUAAGAGCCUUCUGAUCACCAUGGUAAAGCUGCUUUCUAAAGGCACUUUGUGAACUGCUGACAGUAGGGUUCAGCUCUUUGUGUGGAGCUUUGGAAAUGGCUUGUAUAUUAUUUUGUAAUUCGCAACACCUAAAGGUUGGUCAAGACCUAUUCUUACUUCAUCCAGUCCAUUUCCCAGUUGGCACAGGAUUGCUCUCUACAGGACAUUUUAAAAUUAAAACUGUCAGUGGAGUGCCUGCCACUUCCUUUGGGAAACUAGCUUACAGGAGUGAUUUUGAAAAUGACCCUUUCUUGCACUCUUGUGGGGAACCUCUCUCUGGAAUUCAUAUAAAGUGCUUUUUCUCCCUCCCUGGGGCUGUGUGAAGGCCAGAUAAAAGAACUCCUGGAUAACACUGGUGCAAGUAUCAAUGGAGUGGUGUUGCCACACUAGGUGUGUUCUUUGUGUUUGUGGUUUUUCCCUUUGCUCACACUUUGGCAGUACUACAACAUCAUGGUAGCAGUGCUUUCUCUGGGUGUACUGUCCCACAGUUCCCAGCUCUGCUGUCUGAAGCAGUGGCUGCGAGUGGAUUCUGAAAGGCUGUCUGGUAACCUACGGCCACUGUGAAAGGAGUCAAAUUCCCACAAUUCCCUGGGAACUAGUGCCAUUUCUUAGUUCUUCUCUCAAACUGAGGGCGAAGGAUGAACAUCCAGCUCCCUCUUAUUGUUCUAUAAGAGGUUUUUUUUCUGGAUUAUCCUGAAAGAGUUGGAGACCAAUGCCAACAGCUGAUGGAACAUUUUAUGUAAUCACCAUCAUCUUGGCCAGCACAGCAGGGAUUGAAACAGGGACUAUUAGAGCUAAAAGCUUGAGAUCAAGAACCAGGCUGUACUGCAGGAGACUAACAAACUCACCUCUUCUCUGGAUUGGGGGAUGUAUCACUUGUAUGGAUGACUACGUCACCCGUGCCCCACACCUGGAAUAGCUGGCUCCAUACAGAACUUGAGGAUGAUGCUCCCAGGUCUCGUAUUGCGUCUGGGUCUGUUCCACGGCUGCACAUCUGUGGAAUCAAGUUCAUCUGGAGACCUGUGAGGGACACGGCAGGGACUGCCUAAUUUUAUGUUAGAGAAGAAUUUUCUGUAUUUCCAUUGUGAGCUAGCCUUGACAUUGCAGCAACCAGAAUGUAAGGAUGAGGGCUCCAUUCCCCAUGGAAAAGAGAGACAAUUGCUCUGUGGAAUCCGGCUCCCUUGGAUGGAUCUGUGAAAAUUUUUAUUUAAAGAUGAGAUUUUAAUGAUAUGUUGGUGGUAGUGGUACUUGUGUAAUUCUGAUGGUUUUAAUACAUUUCUCUCUGUGUGUGGUUGGCUAAUGAUUUUGUAUUAUAUAAGAAGAGUUGGUGGACAACUGAAUUGAUAUUAAAGAAUAGAAUUGUUGCCCCUUCUUCCCGCAUCAGUAUCCCAUUCUGAGGGUACGUCUACACUUAAACCACUACAGUGGCCCAGCUGGAACACUGCGGCGUUGCCGCUGUCUACACUGCGUCAGGAGGGUUCUCUCAUUGGCAUAGGUAAUCCACCUCCCCAACAAGUCUUUUGUCAACCUAGCCCUGUCUACACUGGGGGGUAAGUCAGCACAGCUAUGUCGCUCAGGGAUAUGGAUUUUUCACACCCCUGAAAGCUGUAGCUAUGCCUUUGUAAGUUCCCCAUCUAGACCAGUCCUGGUACUCAGCAGUGCCCCUCUGCAGAAGCAGAUGUCUGGGGCUGAGCAGGUUGACUUCCCAGGGAGGAAAAAUCAAUAAUACGGAUUCUGGAUAUAUUCAGUGUAACUUGCUUGAUCUACAUGCACCCUAAUUCUGAAAUGAGAUGAUCAAACAGCUUCUCUUCUUCCUACUCUCUCAGCCCAGAGCAGUGCCCGGCUCCCAAGGAGCAACUGCACCCCAUGAACUGAUUCUAAUAAGAGCCCAAGGCACAUAGUAAACUGCUUUUUGCGCAGCUGCUUCUUUCCCCCAAAGCUGCCUCUACACACAGUCUUCUAUAACCCCAGCCUAACACAGCAUGUCUUCCCAAGAGGCAAAACUUGUUCACAUGCUAAGGGCUUUCCUAAACUGAAAAGUUGCAUCAGCAUAACUACGUCUCUCAGGAGUGUGAAAAAUCCACACUCCUGAGAGUCAUAGUUAAGAUGACCUAAACCUUGCUGUAGACAGCUAGGACAACAAAAUUCUUCUGUUUACCUAGCUGUCUACAGCAAGGUUUAGGUCAUCUUAACUAUGUCUCUCAGGAGUGUGGAUUUUUCACAUUCCUAUCUACCUCUCCUAGAGGGAUUAGCUUACCUAGACUUGAGCAAUGCGAGAAUCCCUUCUAUUGCUGUAGUAAGUGUCCACACUCAAGCACUACAGUCAUGCAGCUGUGUUGUAGUAGCAUUUUAAGUGUAGACGUAGUCUGUGGAAAAAGAACAUGAAGGUUACAUGUAACUAUGUGCUAUUUGUGAUGACUGCCAGAACUGUAUGAUUGUAUUACUGACACAGCUUGGGGCUUUUGGCCUAACACCGAGAAAGUGAGCUCUCUUCUUCCCUUUCCCUAUCAGCUCUGUAGUAGAGAUGAAGAAAUUAUUUAUUUGUGAAUAGUUCAUUCAUUCUGGUUUUGACCAUGUUUGGGCCCCUAUUUUUCACUUUUUGAUAACAUUCACAUGAGCUAAAUUCUGCUUCUAUGUAUGUUUUUGGGACAACUAAUUUCAAACCUGUAGCUGAAACAUUUAAUUUUGUGAUUAAAUGGUGGACAGUAGUAGUUUAGAUUAUCCAGUCGGGGACUGGAAACAAUACUAUGUGGUUUACAUAACAAAACAUGCAGUUCAAAUAAUAAAUACUCAUACUUGCACAAAAUGGAGUCCGAGAAAUCCACAGACUGCAGUUUGUUUGCACAAAAAGUUUCAAAUAAUUACAAAGAGCAAACAACUUCAUAAGUCAAUGAGCUUGUGUAUAGGAGGUGAACUGUAUAAAUUCAUUUCCAGUUGCUGAUUCAGUUCUAGUCUCUGUGGAUCGUGUUGCACAGUCAAAGGAAUAUCCCUUGCAUACAAGAAAAUUCCUGUAUCAAUAGAGAUGAAGUGGGUACAAAGUGAUUCUGCUAUAACGAGACUCUUUCUUGUGGGUAAUGAGUAUGCGUGAACCUCCCAUUGCAAGCUCUCCUGGCCUGCAGGGCAGGCAGAUAUUGAUCCUGGCAACUGCUUUCCACUCAUUGCUAUAGAGCCAUGAGUGGUAUAAAAUCUUCUGUUCUCACUGAACAAGAAUGGACCCAUGUGCCUGGCUCUCUUAUGCAUUUGCAGAGCUCCUAACACUGCAGUAGGUAGGCACCAUUCCAGGACUGGAGGCCGAGAGGCUGCUUUUUGUGUAACUGCUGAGUUGUUCAAGCAAAGUAAACAAUCACAUAGACUGUUGGCAAUUGCGCAACCCAUAACCAAGAGUGCAAAAAGGCCCAGGAACAAUCUUACAGCUUGUCUUUACUGCAGAGCUCACUCAGCUCAAGUGAGAGGGCCACACAGCAAAAUAACCCUCAAACAGCACAGAGUGUUUGUGUUAGCAGUACAGUGUAGCUAUGUCUCGAUUGCAUUAUUAGACCCAGCAGCACUUGAGCUUCUACCUACACCUCCGAGGGACCAGCUAACUUGAGUUUAAUGCACCAGUUAACCUGAGGUAGAGAUUUUUGCACGUGCGUGGGAGUCAAGUUAGGGGCAACAUUCAAAUUAUCUUGAGCUAAUGCUGCAGUGAAGACAAGCCCUUUUGUAGUUCUGCAUCUCGUUUAAUCUCUACAAUGUGCCUUGUACUAUUUUUCUACAAUGUCAUUCCACUGUGCCAGCUGUACAAUGAAAAGCCAGAUGGUAAUGGAUGUUUGUAUGUUUUGGUUUUUGAGUGAUUGUCAAAUGUAUAAUUAAAAUAAAUGAGAACUUCUAGCCAUUUGUA